GAGAGAGGCAGGAAGAGAAGAGCCGAGCCGCGCUCUGCUGCUGCUCUUCGGUAAACACGGCCGCCUGAGGAAACUUUUUUACGGGCAUAAAGUUAAAAAAUGCCCGCGUCGUGACCUUCGUCGGUGGGAUUACGGUCCAGUGGAUGUUACAGUGACGGGCCGGUGAAGUUCCGGGGUUGUAAAGAGCGGACAGGCGGCGUCUGGAGAGCUGUUGCUGUAGUUACUAACCUACAAGUAGUGAACGUUAGCCAAACCGGGGCGGUUUACUAGCUGGGCGACGUUUAAAGUGUUUGUGUUUAUACUUUGGUGAACUGUGUUGAAAAGAAGAGGUUUAAAAUAACAGCAGUCCUUCGUGGUUCUUCUUUUUGGGGCUCCUGUUCAAAUUUCCCUCCCUUUUUCUUUAUGUGGGGAGCCUGACUGGGGUCUCUGCUGGGUUAGCAUUCAGGCCGCGGGUAGUUAGUGACUUUGCUAGCAGCCCCUGUCUGGAGGGAGGGAGGAAGCAGAGGAAACUCAGUUAAACUGACUCUAACGCACACUUAAGUUAGCCGUUUAUCGAAGCGCUGGCGCGUUGGAUACUACUUUCUUUUUUGGAUUAGAUUUAUCAUGGAUCCCUCUAACUCUGGGAAUUCAGCGCCGGCUGCCGCUGCGGCCACGUCGAAAAGCGGCAAAGAGAAAAAGCCGAAGAAAACUUACGAGGAGGGAAAUGAGAAGAAGAAAUUUACCUUCAAACGACUCAUUCCUGAUGAGCUGGAACGGUUCACAAGCAUGCGGAUGAAGAAGGAAAAGGAGAAGUCAAGUACAAUGAGCCACAGACACUCGUCUGCUGCACAGUAUGAGAUUUCAGCACAAACAGCCAUGCUGCAGGACCACUCUGAUGACUACAUCCUGGAGCUCUUUGAGCAGAUGCUGGUGGAUAUGAAUCUGAAUGAGGAGAAGCAGCGGCCACUGAGGCAGAAGGACAUUGCCAUUAAAAGAGAGAUGGUUUCUCAGUACUUGCAUACAUCCACACAUGGGCAGAACCAAAAGGAAAGCUCCAAAUCUGCAGUGAUGUACAUCCAGGAGCUAAAAACUGAACCCAGGGAUACACAGCUGCUGAGCUGCCUUGAGUCUCUGCGUGUCUCCCUUAACAACAACCCUGUCAGCUGGGUGCAGACGUUUGGAGUUGAAGGUUUGGCUUUGCUGCUCAGCUUCCUCAAGAAGCUCCAGGAAGAGAAAGAGGAAUAUCCGAAUUCUAGCAUUUCAGUAAAGUGCCAACAUGAGAUCAUCCGCUGCCUCAAAGCCUUCAUGAACAACAAGUACGGUCUGAAAGCCAUGCUGCACUCGCCUGAUGGAAUUUCACUCUUGGUCCGAGCCAUCAAUCCCAGCGUUCCUCAUAUGAUGGUGGACGCUGUUAAACUUCUGUCGGCCAUCUGCAUCCUUGAUGACCCUGAAAACCUUCAUGAACGUGUGCUGGAGUCUAUAACAGAGCUGGCAGAGGAAAGGGACAUUGAGAGAUUUCAGCCCUUACUGUCUGGCAUGCGCAAAUCUAAUAUUGCUCUCAAGGGUGGCUGUAUGCAGCUGAUCAAUGCUCUCAUUAGUAGAGGAGACGAGCUGGACUUCAGGAUUCAUAUACGCUCUGAGCUCAUGAGACUGGGACUGAGAGAGCUACUUGCUGAAGUGAGGCUCAUUGAGAAUGAAGAGCUGCGAGUGCAGCUUCAGGUUUUUGAUGAACAGGCUGAAGAGGACUCUGAAGACCUCCGGUCACGACUCUACGAUGUUCGCAUUGAGAUGGAUGACAUGUCGGAGGUGUUCCAGAUCCUACUGAACACAGUGAAGGAUUCUAAAGCUGAAGGCUUCUUCCUCUCCAUUUUGCAGCACCUGCUGCUGGUGCGCAGUGACUACAUGGUUAGGCCACAGUACUAUAAGUUGAUAGAUGAGUGCAUAGCUCAGAUUGUGUUACGUCGGAAUGGCUGCGAUCCAGACUUCAAAUGCAGAAACCUGCAACUAGAUGUUGAAGGACUGAUAGAUAACAUGGUGGAUAAGACGAAAGUGGAGAUCAGUGAGGCCAAGGCCACAGAGCUGGAGAAAAAGCUGGAUGCAGAGUUGACAACGCGCCACGAGUUGCAGGUGCAGUUCAAGAAGAUGGAAGGAGAUUACGAACAGAAAGUCCAAGAGCUCAGCACAGAGAAAGAAGUAAUUGGCAAUGAAAAAACGGAGAAAGAAAAAGAGAACCAGACACUAUGUGGUGAGAUCAGCCAACUCAAAGAAAAGAUUGAGAAACUAUCUAAGGAGCUUGAGGAAGCCAAAGCUAAACCCAAGACAAAAAUCAUCACAGUACCUGUGCCCAUGCCCUCAGCACCUCCUCCCAGCUCCACAAGCCAAUCUGCACCUUCCUCUGGCCCUCCUCCUCCAGGAGCUGCCUGCAUGCCCAACCAACCAGUACCACCAGGGCCGCCUCCUCCUCCACCAUUACCUGGCCAUAUGGACGUGUCCCCGCCUCCCCCUCCACCUCCACCUCCACCUCCGCUGCCUGGGCAAGGGAUGUCCCCACCACCUCCACCGCCACCACUCCCUGGCCAUGCAGGGAUGCCAUUACCACCUCCACCCCCUCCUCUUCCAGGCAUGCCUGGACCCCCUCCACCUCCACCCUUACCCGGGCAGGGAGGUAUGAUGCCACCUCCACCUCCUCCCUUGCCUGGUGGCCCUGGUGUACCCCCACCUCCUCCUCCACCCCCUGGAGCUCCAGGUAUGCCUCCUCCUCCUCCAAUGCCUGGUAUGGCACCUCCUCCACCAGGUGGCUUUGUAGCUUGGGCCCCCCCAAUUCCACAACUGCCGUUUGGCCUGGAGCCCAAGAAAGAGUACAAACCAGAAGUGCAGCUUAAGAGGGCCAACUGGAGCAAGAUUGGGCCUGAAGAUCUUUCUGAGAACAGUUUCUGGGUCAAGGCAAAAGAGGAUCGCUACGAGAGCAAAGAACUCUUCUCUAGACUCACGCUCACCUUCUCUUCCCAGACCAAGACCUCCAAAGCAAAGAAAGACCAAGAAGGAGGGGAGGAGAAGGCUGCUCAGAAGAAGAAAGCGAAGGAGUUGAAAGUUCUUGACUCAAAGUCCUCUCAGAACCUCUCUAUUUUCUUGGGAUCAAACAGGCUGCCAUAUGAGGAGAUAAAAAAUGUCAUUCUCGAGGUUAACGAGAAGGUGCUUACAGAAAACAUGGUGCAGAGUUUGCUGAAGUUGUUGCCUGAGCAGGAGCAGUUGAGCGUGUUAUCAGAGUUAAAGGACGAGUAUGAGGACCUUGCGGAGUCUGAACAAUUUGGAGUGGUGAUCAGUUCGGUGAAGAAGCUGAAACCGCGGCUGAGCGCUAUCCUGUUCCGUCUGCAGUUUGAGGAGCAAGUGAAUAACGUGAAGCCGGACGUUGUGGCAGUGACUGCGGCAUGUGAGGAGCUGGUUCAGAGUGAAAACUUCUCUCAGUUGCUGCAGAUCAUUCUGCUUGUUGGCAACUACAUGAACGCCGGCUCACGCAAUGCCAAGGCCUUUGGUUUCAGCAUCAGCUAUUUGUGCAAGCUCAGGGACACUAAGUCAGCAGAUCAGAAGCAGACCCUGCUGCACUUCCUGGCAGACCUAUGUCAGGAGUCAUAUCCCAAGGUCAUGCACUUCCCUGAUGAGCUCAUCCAUCUGGAAAAAGCCAGCAGAGUGUCAGCUGAGACACUACAGAAAAAUCUGGAUCAGAUGGGCAAGCAGAUAAAGAGUCUGGAGAAGGACAUUGAGACUUUCCCUCCUCCUCAAAGUGAAAACGACAAAUUUGUUGAGAAAAUGACCAGCUUUGUGGCGACUGCACGAGAGCAAUUUGAAAAGUUGGAGCUGAUGCAUAACAACAUGCAAAAGCAGUAUGAGGACCUGGGGAAGUACUUUGUGUUUGACCCUAAGAAGAUAACCCCAGAGGAGUUGUUUGGUGACCUAAACAACUUCAGGAACAUGUUCCAGCAAGCAGUGAUUGAGAAUCAGAAGCGUAAGGAGUCAGAGGAGAAGAUGCGCAAGGCCAAACUGGCCCGAGAGAAAGCUGAGAAAGAGAAGGAGGAGAGACAGAAGAGAACGAAUGCUGGACAGAUCAACAUCAACGACGAUGGUGAUGAGACUGGUAUCAUGGACGACUUGCUGGAGGCGCUGCAAUCUGGAGCUGCUUUCAGGAGAAAGAGAGGACCACGGCAAGCAGCCAAUCGGCGAGGAGCUGGCCAUGCAGUGACAAACAUUCUAGCCAAAGAGCUGCUACAGGACAACAGUUCCAGUUCCGGGGCCAAAAAGAGCCGAUUGGGCAGUGAGGCCAAAAAGGCGGAGCCAGUAGAAGAUACAGGUUCACUGGAGGAUCUCUUAGAUGUUGCCCCAUCAAGGUCAAGUUAGGGGCUGCAUGUACUGACCCUGAUCUUUCCUGCUGAGGGGAUUGGACACAGUGCUUGGGGGCCAAAUGUAAGCCACACCCUCAGAUAAAGCCUUUGUGGGCAGAGCGUUGGCCAAUUUCACUGUGGAGGGAGAGGCUCUUUAGGCCCGCCCUGCACUGAAGCUUACAGAGUGCUGCCACCACCCCUGUGCUCAUCCACUGCCCUACUGUCAACAUAUUCCUCUGUUUUUCUGUUUUCUCUGUCUCAUUAUCUGAAGUAAUAAGAAGCAACCCAAAGAUUUUUAGAGCGUCUUUAAUAUUCAUUAUGCAUCAGGUGAUGGAUACAUUUUGACAUUCCUGCACUCGGACCUAAAGAUUUCUUUUUGUUGCUUUUUCAUGUUUCAUGUCAUUUUUUUUUGUCUGUUCACAGGGCUUCAACUUUACUGUUGUUUUGCUAGAACUAACUGUACCUACUAUGCAGAGCAUACUGUAUGCAAAGUGUUUUAAAAUGGAUGUACGGUUUGAGUGAAUUUACAUUAGCACAAGCAAAAUGAGAAGUGCCAAUUGUGUGUAUUUGCGUGUAUCAACACACUGUCCAAUAGGAGUGUGCCUUAGGUGGAAGGGUUAGCCAAUCACGAGCAUCCUCUCUAACGGUUCAGUUCCCCUUUUUCUUAGGUGGGUGUAUGUGUGUUACUGGGUUAAUGAAGGUCUGGUACCUCGUCACAAUAUUUUUUCUUCAUGUUCUGCUAUUUCUGAGUUGUUUUAUUUUGGUCCAAAACAGGCUCUUGUUGCAGAUCUCAUGGCUAAAUUUAGACGAGUCUGUCAUUAUGUCACCACAGUGAUGGAGCCUGUGCUUGUGUGAGCGCAUGCGUGCGUUUAUUCACCGCCGUCUGUAAUUACUGUACUGCCUCAAAUGUUAUAAAUUUUGCAUCUCAUAAACAGUGCUGUUUUCUGUGUGGGUGUGUGUGUGUGCACGUGUGUUUCCGUCCACGUGUGUGUGUGUGUGUGUCUGGGUGUGUUCGAGAGAGAGGUAUACGUACACUGUAGUCUUUCAGAUGAGUUAAUGUACUCUUGAUUA